UCGGAUGGAACGAUGAUAGCGAGUGGCGCGGGGAUCGGUUUUUGCCGCAAGCGCGCGGAUUAUACCCGCCUUGCCGCAAUAUCUUGGGAGAAUACAAGUGAAAGGAACGGGUAGCGAGCGUGUACUUAUUUUACGCCGGUACGCGUACACGUUCUAAGUAUCUCUCGUCAAAAUGCGAUACAUACCCUUUUCUUUUUUUUUUUGCCCGACGAUGAAUUAUUUCACCGCGAGCGAUGGAAACAGCAGCGACCAUGCCCGCAGUAGGCGAAGAAAAAUCGGGCUGGAAUUACUAAUUCCAGUCACGCCCGUUAACCGUCCGAGCUGGAACGGAGGAUUCAGAUUUUGGAACGGGGAAUGAAUUAAUUAGACCGGACGAUGUCGAAAUACGUGAUCAUUGCCAUAUCUCUUGUGUACGUUGCAGGAGAAUGCUCGGGGCAGGUUUACAAGAGUCACUCGGUCGAGACCGCUGUAGCAAUCAAGCCAGCAGCGGUUGUGAACGAUGAUUUCAUUACACAAACUGUCUACGGAUUCCUGGAUUUCACCACGACGAUCGGAAACACGGUGAUGGUGUUUAGUCCGCAGAGUGCACCCGCGGACGGUGAGAAGGAAAAGAAGAUCAGUGGGUCGAUAAUUGAAACGAAACCGAGCGAGAAGAAGGAAAAGGCACACGACAUUCAACCGAGCAAGACCCGCAAGGGGAACACCGAGGAGGAGACGAAGAAACAAGCAAAAGGCACGAAGGUCGUAGUGAAUUCCGUGAUCGAACAGAACGCAAUCAACCCAGCCGAUGACAAUGGGACCCGAUCACCGAGAAGUCAGGAACCGAGCGUUCAAAUGACAAAGAGCCCGGUGGUGUCCUCGCAGGUGCAAGUAAAAUCGAAGGACGAAACGCCGGUCGUUAAGAACAAUCUUGCGGAACCUGAAUAUGAUUUCUUGUCGAAACAACCCACCGAGGUGGUCGACGAGACUUACAAGUUGAUCAACUUGAGGCCAUCUUCGAAAGCUCAGGCGAAGCCAAGGCCCACGAGCCGAAGGGACAAGGAGAACCCAACAGGUCUCGUGACGAAACUCGGUGGCACCAUCGUUAAAGACGGACUGACCACCGUCCACGAGACGAGCGUGAUCGGUACAUACAUAAACGGGAAAUACGCCCAGGUGCUUCAGAGCUCAUCAAGAAUACUCUCCGGUACCCCACCGAUUCCCGAAGGUAAGAUCCGUCCCAGCAGCACGCAGCGGAUCUUGAAAACCAUUGGACCGCAGCAAGGAAAGCUGAAACCGCAACUAGAACCCACUCCUACGAAUCAGCAAGAAGAAUCCUCGCUACCAUUGGAAGUCCUGUUCAACGCGCCUGGUUCCACGGUGAGGAGCACCAGGAAGAAUGCUAAUCCGAAUUCGUUGCGUCCGAAGUUUCGAAACAAGAUCAACGACGAUUACGACGCCAGUGGAGAAGUGCAGACGAAACCGAAUAAAAAUCGAAGCAGCACCACUCCCAGAUCGGGUUACAAAAAUCGCAGUCCACCGACGACGACAACGGAACCACCCGUCACGCGACGUCGUAGUGGUUUCCGACCAGGGAAUCAACCAAGUUUGCCUUCGAAGCAAAUUAAUAAAAACAAAAACGAUCAACAACCGGUGAGCCCGAAUCCAGUGCCGAAACUGAAGCUCCCGCGAACCCAGGGUCGCUGGUCUUACAAGACGACGCCUAAACCCAGGAUCGCGAUUCGUAAGCAGGUCGACGUUGAAGAGGAGCAACGCUCUACUUUAGAAACCGGUACGACUGAAAGCUCGAUCAACCUCGACGAUGGGAAAACCACAGCCUCGUCCGUUUCUACGUCGACAACAGCGACAACCGCGACGACCGGUCAAGCGGCUCAGAGAAAAAUUCAAGAAGGUGUAAUCGACGAUGAAUUGGAUCCGAGUGAAAGCGAGGAUGUGGCCAGCGUCAGUGUUCAAGAUCAACACGCCGAGCAAAUCUUACCGGUUGAGACGCUUAAUGUAGAAAUCUCCACGGCUGCUGACUCCAGCGACGUUUACUUCGAGAUAGCUACUAUCAAAUCGCCAUACACUUUCCAGGUGGGAACAUUAAGGAAUACCCGUUACAUCACGGUAACCUCAACGCAAAAGAAAUCCUUCGCAACCAUAGAUCCUUCAAGCACGAUCUUAGCCUCUGAGCCUUUAACCGAGAACAUUCUAGCGAACACAGCUGCUGCGUAUGAAACGACGCUGCCUUUAGACUCAGCCGUUGCUACCUUACCAGCGAUAACCCUAGAAUCCGGUCAAGCAACACCGCCACUAGAGACCGUAACCGAGACGUUCUCCACUACUCAAACUUUAUUAAAAACCCACCUGCUUCCAGUGGUCCACGGCGGUAAUACGACCACGAAAUUAACUCUAGUGCAAACUUACAACAUAGCACGAGUGGUGACUGCCACGAAGACAUUGCCACCGAUGGACGUUUAUCAGUUCAUACCCAGUAAGGCGUUGAACGAGUUCAAUUCGAAGCUGGACGAAGCAGGAAGCGAGUUACAUUUGGAGUUAGACGUCGGCGACGACGAUCGCGACGACGAUGACAUACCGAAGAGAGUAGUCGCACCGAGCAGUGAUAUGGACUCCGAUUUGGAACCGUUUAAAUCCAUUUCCCCAUCGAAAACGAAAUCUGACACCAGUAGUAGUACCACCGAACCACAAUUGACCCCUGAUCAACUGGCUCUGCUUAAAUACUUCGGACAACCACAGCCACAAGUGAUCACCACUUCGAGGCCUGUGGUGGUCCUCGACACGCUGUACGAGUCCCACGUGAUUCCGGUGGUGAACAACGGGAACACGAUCUACUCGACGUUGUCCAGGCCCGUUGGUACCGUUCCUCGGACAUCUUACGAGUACGGAACGUCCACGAUCGCUCCUGUCCUACCCCAGCCUCAAAUACAGCCGCAAUUGCCACCGCAAUUACCGCUGUUCCCCCAACAGCAGCCGCAGUUCACGAUCACUAGCUCCCCUUUGAUAACUCAGACUCUAGCCACAGUUUCGGAUUCGAGAAUAUUGAAAUUAACCUUCGGUGCCAAGACGGCGUAUACCACUCUGUUCUCAAGUCGAGUGGUACCCACAGAAAUCACUACGUAUGUUACGACCACUGUCCCUAUCCACCCAACCGUCUCCCCCUUCCCGGCUUACUAUCCUCCACCGGUUGCCUAUCCGCCCUUCCCGUUUGUUGGAUAGGGUCCCGUCGAUUCGCGCUGGAGCGUGCGGUGAAAUCGAGUGGGACCGGAGAAACGUGCACUUCUACCAAUGGUGCUACGAUUCGCGGAGGGUGGAUGGAACGUUCGAGACCCGAUAAGGGUGAGUCCGGGAACGCGCAUGGUUCUACGAUCUAUGAUUCGAUUGAACGAUUUCAAUAGCUUUUUCUACCGUCACUUAGUACCUUAGAAUAUUAUUUAAGCUUCUAGAGUGUAAGACAUAAAUUGUAUGAAGGUAAGGAAUGUUCGAACUAAUCACUAAUCGUACAUAAGCGCACGUAUCAUUGUCUGGUCGUCAUCGAGUACGAAUUUCGAGCCAGGUCGUCGAACGAAAGAUUGUAAAUCGUCGCGCGACCUUGUUUAGGCGCCAGCUAUCGGCCUUCCCCGGUCGAGCUUACUUUUCCAAGACAAACGAUCGGACAAAUAUAAAUUUGUAAAACCGACAAACACAUGUUUCAAAACGAUUUGUAUAUAUUCACAAUAAAAUAUUUUAUAUUUUACAAUUA